ACAUACAGCUGUGAUGAGUGUGGAAAGUCUUUUACCCAGGCUGGAAACUUAAAAACACACCAGCUCAUCCACAGUGGAGUUAAACCUUACAGCUGUGACUUGUGUGGAAAGUCUUUUACCGAGGCUGGAAACUUAAAAACACACCAGCUCAUCCACAGUGGAGUUAAACCUUACAGCUGUGACUUGUGUGGAAAGUCUUUUACCCAGGCUGGAAACUUAAAAACACACCAGCUCAUCCACAGUGGAGUUAAAGCUUAUAGCUGUGAUGAGUGUGGAAAGUCUUUUACCGAGGCUGGAAACUUAAAAAGACACCAACUCUUCCACAGUGGAGUUAAACCUUACAGCUGUGACUUGUGUGGAAAGUCUUUUACCCAGGCUGGAGGCUUAAAAACACACCAACUCAUCCACAGUGGAGUUAAACCUUACAGCUGUGACUUGUGUGGAAAGUCUUUUACCCAGGCUGGAAGCUUAAAAACACACCAACUCAUCCACAGUGGAGUUAAACCUUACAGCUGUAAAUUGUGUGGAAAGUCUUUUACCCAGGCUGGAAGCUUAAAAACACACCAACUCAUCCACAGCGGAGUUAAACCUUACAGCUGUAAAUUGUGUGGAAAG